AUGAAUGUUGCGUCAAACAAAACAAUCCUCGGCGACGGAAACAAAGGAAUCAUCAAAGUGAAAGGGUUGAGAUUCAAUAACGGCGUGUCAAAUAUUAUUUUCCAAAACGUUCAAAAUUCCGACUUGAAUCCUGACGAAACUUCGUACUCUGCCGGCUGCGAUGGGUACACCUACUGGGGCUUUGAGAUGGUAGGCGAAGCAGAUCAGAUUACUAUGCAGAGCUGCUAUAUCUACAAGACAGCUGGUCGCAGUCCAGCCUUGAGUGGAGGUACUCCCCUACAUGCGGUGAACAAUGUCUGGGAGAAGAACAACGGUCAUGAGCUAGAGGGUGGCGAAUCAACUGCGAGGGGUAUCUUCGAGGGAAGCGUUUGGAUAAAUGUGUCCAUGAUUGUUGGAGGCUAUACCGGCAGACUUUUCAACACACCGGAUUCCUCGUCCGCUGGUGAUUACAAAACAGUUCUUAGUCGGCUUGCGAAGUAA